GAACCAGAGCCCCGGAGCGUCCACCGCAGUCCGCGCUUCCUCUCCGAGAGCGGUUCCAACGGCGCGCCUGAGACCCUGCGCGCCCCGGGCCCGUCCGCCGCGCCCGUUCCGGUUCCGGUUCCGGUCCCGGUUCCGGCACCGACUCCAGGCGAUGUGAAGUGGAGCAGGCCGCUGUGUCCUCCUCCCGCCUGGCCCCGGGGGCUGAGGCGGGCGGCAGGUGCCUGUGAGGCGGGCGCGUGCCGGCGGCCCGACAGGAUGGAGGAGAGCAUGGAAGAAGAGGAGGUGCUCGCCUACGAGGCGAUGAUGGACGACCAGAACCACAACAACUGGGAGGCCAUCGUGGACGGCUUCCGGCAGCCGCCGCCCCCUCCGUCGAUCCCAGACCUUGGCCGCGAGCCUCCGGGGGCUCAGCUGCUGGCCGUGCCCGCGGUGUCCAUGGACAGGAAAGGCCCCAAGGAGGGGCUCCCGAUGGGCCCGCCGCCUCCGCCCGAGGCCACCGGGGUGAUCAUGAUGGUGAAGGGCUGCGACGCCGUGGCCAAGGCGGCCCCCGCCCCCGCCCCCAGCUCCACCAUCAACAUCAACACCUCCACCUCCAAGUUCCUAAUGAAUGUUAUAACUAUUGAAGAUUAUAAGAGCACAUAUUGGCCAAAAUUGGACGGUGCCAUUGAUCAACUUUUAACCCAGAGUCCUGGUGACUAUAUCCCCAUAUCCUAUGAACAGAUUUACAGUUGCGUGUACAAGUGUGUAUGCCAGCAGCACUCGGAGCAGAUGUACAGCGAUCUGAUCAAAAAGAUAACUAAUCACUUAGAACGAGUGUCAAAGGAGCUACAGGCCAGCCCUGCGGAUCUGUAUAUUGAAAGAUUUAAUAUAGCUCUGGGACAGUAUAUGGGAGCAUUGCAGAGCAUCGUGCCUCUUUUCAUAUAUAUGAAUAAAUUUUACAUUGAAACCAAGCUUAACAGAGACUUAAAAGAUGACCUUAUAAAGCUGUUUACGGAACACGUUGCAGAUAAGCACAUUUAUAGCCUGAUGCCUUUACUUUUAGAAGCCCAGUCAACACCAUUUCAGGUCACACCUUCAACUAUGGCAAAUAUUGUGAAAGGCCUCUAUACUCUCAGACCAGAAUGGGUUCAGAUGGCUCCAACCUUGUUUUCUAAAUUUAUUCCAAACAUCCUUCCUCCAGCGAUGGAAUCAGAACUUUCUGAGUAUGCUGCUCAAGACCAGAAGCUUCAAAGAGAGCUCAUACAGAAUGGAUUCACCAGAGGCGACCAGUCCCGGAAGAGAGCUGGGGAUGAGUUGGCUUAUAACAGCUCAUCCGCAUGUGCAAGUUCCAGGGGGUACAGAUAGUGACUGCUGAAUGUACUUUCCUCCCCAAGAGAGGACACACUGGAGCUGCAGAAACUGUUCAGGCGCAGUGGGCCUGCACCACUCAGGAGCUGUCACAGGCUGUUCUUUGAGAAGAUGCCAGACUUCUUACUUUGGUUUGUAAUUUUAAAAAAACAAAAACUAACAAAAACAGUUGCUGCUAGACUUGGUGUGAUUUUGAACUGGGACAAUCUUUUAAUUAGUUCAUCUACAGGUUCUGUAAGGAACAAGCCUCUUGGAAAGUGACCGUUGCUAAGUGAAAUCCAACAGCCAAAAUUAUUAGCUGCCUCCAAAAAUAUAAGAACAGAAAAACUUUCCUUUUCCUCUUGGUAGCACUUGUUUCUUCAUUUGUGAACUUGGCACCUCAUCAUUUUGGGUUCACGUGUCAAGAUCUCUUUUGCUUUAAAGUCAAGCAUAUGGUUAACAGUAUUUUUCACCCAUGACCCAAACAACCUGUUUUAAAGGAAGAGUGAGUCUUUGUUUAGCAUGAGAAAAUCUUGUAAAGGAAUGUGCUAACCUCUUCCCCAGUCCACACCUUUGUUCUACUCUGUGCCUUGAGCUUUGUGCACUUUGCAACUGCGAUGGUGUUGGCAGACUCACCACAUGCCCUGGAGAGGUUGACAUCUCACACCAGCUCACCAGGGUGUCUGGUAUGGUUUUGUAGCAGGAUGUGAUUGUGGGAAAAAUAUAACUCCACACCAAGACGGAUUUAAGCCUGCCUGCCCCAGGGCAUGUUCGUGUUGAUGUAGGGACCAGCUCUUACUGAGCAAAUUUCCACCUGAGUUCACCAGCCUCUGUAGUGUGGAUACGACCCUAGUUUGGUGGGGGGUGGGGAAGCAACCCCAUUGUGAUACCGUGGAGAUUAACCAGUAGCAGAAGCUGCUUCUUCUGAUACUCUAGGGAGCAGUAUAGGUGUUAAAACCAAAUAAAUAAUAGCCCUGUGGCAGGUAGUUCUGAUCUAUGUGUUUAACAGGGGAAGUGAAUGGUUGGAAAAGGUGGCGUCUGUCCUGCAGCCUGUAAAUGUCAUGUUUGAUGUUUGAAUGAAGGCUCCCUUCCAGCUGUGUUCCACCAUAACCAUGAGGCCAUUAGGCUCUUCAUAAAACUCUAAAGUUUAUCCUAGCUGUUCUUGACAGUCAAAGAAAAAUAUACACAGCAUGGGUAAAGUAGUUUUCUUCUUGGUUUGAACGUGACUUGAGCGUAGACUUCAUGCUACCAGCUACAUCAGACUAGUGGUGCUGACCUCUUCCAAGAACUUCGCCCAAGGCCGCCCCUGCCAGCUCAGGAAGAGUUAGAAGUGUUGUGCUGGAGUGAGUGAGUCAGCCCACUAGGAGUCCUUGAUUUGUGAAAUAAAGGUGGUCAGAUUUGUUCUUUCAAGUACUCAUCAACCACAUUUGGUGGAGUUUGGGGAGAAGGAAGGGAGGAGCUUGUUUCACUCUGAGCAUCUUGGGUUACUGUCUUGCUGAACCCUGAGUUACUGUAAGGACAUGCAGGGCUCUGUGCAGUUUAUUUGCUGUAGUGUCGAGGAAGAAUUCCAUUUUAUCAUGAAGCUCAAAUUUUACUUAGAGGGGGUUUUUUGUUUUGGUUUUUUGCUCUGAAGCAAAUGAACAUCAAAAUUGUGGGUUGGUUCCACAUUAUUAAGCUAAUGGAAAAAAUGGUUUGUAUUCUUUUUAUAUUAGCAAACAUUAGACAAAAGAAAAUAUGCAAAAUAUAGUUCCUUCCAGUUUUUGCAGUGACCAAGAGUCAAGUCUGGUACCACCAAGUCAUUAUGGGAGGGCGUGUGGAGAAGUGUGUUUGGCCUCCGUGUGUCCCGGUGGUUGAGUGUCCUGGCCCUUAAGGCACACUGCAGUUUGGAAAGUUUACUGAAGAUGAAAUUGGUUUUGCUUAUUAAUUGAAAUUCUUGACAGAAUUGUGAGUUUGCAAGUGUGAGGAAGUAAAAUUUGCCCCCUUGCCCAUCUUGUAUUGCCAAAAAAAAGUAUUUCCUUCUCAGACUGCUUGUGGUCUUGCUGUGCAGAAUGCAGCUUUUCCCCUGCAGCUGAGGGUGGUUUUGUAUUAGAUCAUUGAAAAGCCCUCAUCUUUCUUCAUGCCGGUGAAGUGUCUGGUUAGUGAGCACACAGCUGAUUUGGUGAAAGUAGCCAGUCGGUAUAUGUGCCUAAAAGUAGGCUCUUAAAAACUAAUGUCAGGGCAGUAAGCUUGAAAUAAUGGCACACCAAAGUAAAUGCAUGGUAAUUAUUCAAAGAGAGGCCACAUGCAUUGCAGGCAAGCCCUACGCUUCAGCAGAGGUUCUACAGCUCAUGGCCUCUGUUGUCACAGCCACAUCCCAUCCUGACAGGUGUCAUUACUGCUUUGUUUUCUGUGGGACAGAAAACAAAAUGUGGUAGUGUGGCCCUUACCCUAAUGGCUCUUAGGCAGGCACAGUGGUUGUAGGAAGUGGGCAUACUUUAAUUUAGUGGGAAAGUUGCUUUUUCUGGUCCCUUGAGCAGUUCUUGUCUCUCUUGCUAGGAUGAAGGUAACUUAUGUGGAGGUGAGAUUGCAGAGGACUGGAUGCCCUUGGCCAAACAUUGCGCGCGCGUGCGCGCGCGCGCACACACACACACACACACACACACACACACACACACACACCCCAGUGCUCAGACAUGACCAGCUGCCACUCCCCUCUGUCUGCCACACUUUGUGUUGGGCUGCAGAUUUGCACACAUAAAAAAUUCCUCAGGAAGAGUUUGCACAUGGGUCACCUCACAAUAUUCUGUACUCACUAAAGGGAUUUGAUGGACUUCAGCACAAAAGAAUAACUUGAGCGGGGUAGCUCAGAUCCUGUCGAAUCUCGCUGUCACCAGAGUAAAUAAGGUUCCAGAUUUUGUUGUCAUGGCGAGGCCGCCUGUUGUCUUGUUUAUUCCUUCUCUUACAGCAAUUAAUUAUUUCCAUGGUUAUUAUGCAAGAGGCAUUGCCCUUGAGCUAAAACACCAUUGUUUAUUAAACAGCUAUUAUUAAACAUUAUUUUAUGAAUAUAUACUAAUCUGAGAUUAAAAAAUGUACACCUGCAUUAGCUAUGCAGCUGUUGUUAAAAUGUUUUAAGUUGGUUUUCUCUAACGUGUUGAUCUUUUAGCUUGAAUAUUAUGUUUACUUUUAUCCAAGCGUAGACCUCUUAAGGGGAUAUUAAAAUUCAAGGUUAAAAUGUGAAUCCCUUGACUGACACCUGUAAGAAGUUUAGAAGACCUUUUAAGUUGUGAUUGCUGUUUUCAAUAAGACUGUAAAAUGGAGUUCAUUUUUAUCAGAAAUUAAAAUGGAGGUCAUAGGAGUUCAUGGAGAAAAUGGCUCUGCUAUGACUUCCAUUACCGUUUCUGGCUCCCAGAAUAUGUGAAAGGAGCCCUGCUCUUUCCCAAAGGAAAUGAUUCCUCUAUUGUGUCGCCCCCACCUCACCCCUGCUGAUGACAGUCACCGAGGCCUUCCCAUCUGCACUGAAUCUCCUUGCAUCUCCUCUUAGAGCCACAUGGCAUGGGUGCAUCCAGUUCCCGAUCGUGCUGCUGGCAUGGCUGAGACCUGAAGGAGAUGCUGCUCAGAGACCGGACUUCAGGGCUGGUGUACUCUCUCAGCCCUGCUGGUGGGGUUGGUCUGCAUUUCAGGCUAGACUCCAUUUUUUGGAAAAUGUUCAUGAAUUACAGUUCUGGAAAAUUCAUUGUUCUUUUCUGGUUAAAACAGGUGGCAGUUUCUUCCUUGGCUCUUUUGACCUAUUAUUUGUCCAAGUUACAGCUAAGCAAUAGAUAAAUAAUUUAAAUGUGAACGUGUUGGGGGAGCUGUGGCGAGGACCAGGAAUACUAACCCAUAGCGUGAAGAUCACAUGCAGGCAAGAGGCUUUGCCUACCACCAGCACAGCUGGAGCGAUGGAGGCAGUCUGGUGUCGGGGUGCUUGUUUGUUGGGAGGCGUGGUAAGCUGGCCCUGGUGUCCGCGCAUCUCGUUGAUUAACCCAGGGAAACAGAAUGGCGGUGGAAACUCCUACUGACCCGGGCACAGCGCCACUGGUGCUGGCUCUUCCCUUAAGCCCUUGGUGGAUUUGAAUCACUCCUUUGUAUCUAGGGUGCGCUCUCCCGCUCUAGAACAUUGUGGUCAAUGAGAAAUAAAUCUUGUACAAAUA